AUGGACGCGUGUGCGGACAGCGGUCCGGCGAAGCGCGCGGAGAUAUACACGUACGAGGCGCCGUGGCCCGUCUACAGCAUGAACUGGAGCGUGCGUCCCGACAAAAAUUUCCGCCUCGCCGUCGGAAGCUUCAUAGAAGAUUACCGGAAUAAGGUGGAGAUAGUCCAGCUAGACGACAACACAGGCGAGCUGAGGAGCGACCCGCGCCUGACGUUCGACCACCCGUACCCGCCCACCAAGCUCAUGUUCGUCCCGGGCCGCGACGCUGCCCGCCCGGACCUGCUCGCCACGUCCGGCGACUUCCUGCGGAUUUGGCAGAUCACAGACGACGGCGUGCGCAUGCGCAGCGUGCUCAACAACAACAAGAACAGCGAGUUCUGUGCGCCGCUCACCUCCUUCGACUGGAACGAGUCCGAACCAAGGAGGCUCGGGACGUCCAGCAUUGACACGGCGCGCGUGAACCAUGUGGGAAAUGGAGAAGGAGGUGGUGGAUUUUUGAGGCGCCUCAAAAAGAGCAUCGACACCACGUGCACCAUAUGGGACAUGGAGAAGGAGGUGGUGGACACACAGCUCAUUGCUCACGACAAGGAGGUCUACGAUAUCGCCUGGGGGGGAGUUGGCCUCUUCGCCUCCGUCUCAGCUGACGGGUCAGUGAGGGUGUUUGAUCUGCGGGACAAGGAGCACAGCACCAUCAUCUACGAGAGCCCCCAGCCAGAGACACCUCUGCUGCGCCUGGGGUGGAACAAGCAGGACCCGCGCUACAUGGCAACCAUUCUCAUGGACUCGCCCAAAGUGGUCAUCCUCGAUAUAAGAUUCCCCACUUUGCCAGUGGCGGAGCUACAGCGCCAUCAGGCAUGUGUGAAUGCAAUUGCAUGGGCACCACACAGUUCAUGCCACAUCUGUACAGCAGGAGAUGACUCCCAAGCUCUGAUCUGGGACCUGUCCACCAUGGCCCAGCCUGUGGAAGGAGGGUUGGACCCCAUUUUGGCCUACACUGCUGGUGCAGAGAUUAAUCAGCUACAGUGGUCAUCUCUGCAGUCAGAUUGGGUUGCCAUAGCCUACGCAACAAAAUUGCAGAUCCUGAGAGUGUAA